AAUCGGUGAGAGCUCAGAACUUUCUUUUCUUUCUCUCUCGCUUUCUCUUUCUUUCUUCCUUGUUAGUUGCAGAACUUCGCAAGGGAAAAGAGAAGAGAAGGGAAUUCAUAAGAAAUCUGGAUCUAAUUCCUGAAAAACAAGUUAGUAAAUGGAUCAGAUACUGAACAAGGUAGGAAGCUACUGGUUAGGCAAGAAAGCCAACAAAGAAAUCGAUUCAGUUGGAGAUGACAUCACUUCAUUGUCAAGUACAAUCGAGGGAAGCGCCAAAUGGUUUGUCAAUAAACUCAAAGGAAAAAUGCAGAAGCCACUACCAGAGCUAUUAAAAGAGUAUGACUUGCCAGUGGGCAUCUUUCCUCGAGAUGCGACCAACUACGAGUUCAAUGAAGAGACAGGUAAGUUAAUCGUAUACAUUCCCGCUAUUUGUGAAGUCGGUUACAAGGAUUCAUCAUGCUUGCGUUUCUCUACUACUGUGACUGGGUAUUUGGAGAAAGGAAAGUUAGCUGACAUUGAGGGAAUAAAAACAAAGGUAAUGAUUUGGGCAAAGGUAACUACCAUCUCAACCGAAGGCACAAAGGUUUAUUUCACUGCGGGUCUGAAAAAGAGCAGGGGUAGAGAUGCAUACGAAGUCCUUAGGGAUGGAUUUACCAUCGACAAGUUCUAAGGUGGUUGUUUGAUCCCUUGAACUUGUAGAGAAUUAUAAAAUAUCAGCAGCUUUAAGAUAAUUAUGAACCCUUGUUGCACUGAUUUCCAUUCAAGAGUCUGUAAGUAAGUACCUAAAGAAAACCUGUGUAGGAAUUGUUCUGUUCGAUUGUUGCAUGUUAGCUGUAAAUCUUAUUUUUCACACAAAAUCUGUGCAGUUUUUUCU